UUCGGCUAUCCAGAGGGUCGGAGUGCUGUGCUGAGCAAUGGCUGGUGCAAAGGAUCAGACACGAGCCUACAAAGCUGUGUCCAGCGGCCCUGCAAGGAACAAGGCAUUGGAGGAAACUCGCCCUAGCGACUUCAACACCUUCAAGCAGACCGCUGGUCGUGAUGACCUGAUCAGAUUGAUCGUCGGACGCUUUAUGACUUCAGAUGGCCAGGAUAUUCAAGAUGACUACACCCUGGCGAUCGAGAAGAAGCUCUGGAGAAAAUCAUUGGAUUCAAUCAUCAGGAGCACCUACUGCAAGGAACGGGGUGUUUUAGACGACGAUGUGAAAGUCUUCGUGAAGUUUCUGCUGCCGCAAGCAGGUGCUGGUCUUGGCUGGCUAGACACCAGCAAGUCACCGCUGCAACUCAAGCUCAAGGACAGUGACAUCGUCGAGGUCCUUUUUGCUGAGACGUCUAUAGAAUCUGAACCAGCUGCUCUUCCCUCCCGUGCUGAAGCUCUGAAGCUCCUGCAGGACCCUCGAGCCGCAAAAGCCGAGGUUUGGGCUGCAUUAUCGAGGUUCGCUGAAGACGACUUGCUAGUUGCACCAGGGCUUGAACUGCUUGCAGAUGCGGUGGAGAGGCAGCCGCUACUUUGCAAGAGCAUAAUCAGCGUCAGAGGCAACAAGUGCGAUGUCAUGAGACUCCUGAGUCGUCUGCUUGGCGAUUUGCAUAGCAGCAAUCGCAGGGUGCAACUCGCAGGAUGGCGGCUUCUGCUCCAGGCAGCCAAAGAUGAGGAGCUUAGACCUGUGCUGCGUAGAGCAAAGGCUUUAGCGUUGCGUCUGCAACGAGUGGGCGACCCUGAGCGUGGGGCGGAUCCGGUGACUUUGACGAAGUUCUUGGAGUUGGUGGGGUACAAGCCAGAGACGCAGAUUCAGCCAGUUCAGAGCCCGCAGGGCGUGUUGACUUUGGUCAAAGCAGAGGCUGAACCUGCUGCAGAGCGGUGGAGUCGGGAGGCUGCCAAGGCUGUGGUGAAACUUGAGACCGCAGUGCACAAAGAUGAUCCUAUGGACAUUGAGAAGGCUUUGCACAACCUGAUCUUGAAGAUGCAGCGCCGUGAUGUGAAUUGGCAAUCUGUGGAAGAGACAGGAGUUGGCCUCAUAUUUCGUCAGUUGAGCAGCUUUCAUGGGGAUGGAGACAUUCGUUCCCUUGCCCGGAAAGCAGUCCUGGAGGCCACCAAGCUCCAGCAUGCUGACGCUAUUAGAUGAGGGUCAUGAGGGUAGCCAAGCGCUAGUGAAAUUGAUGCAGGCAGCGUUGAGAUUGAAGCAAGAAGGUCUCAGAGAUAGAAUGGAAAAUGCUGGCUUUCUC